GCAGUGCCUGGAUUUCGCUGGCUGCCGGGAGUGGAACGGUGGGGUUGGCGAUAAACAGGCUGUGGCUACGAGUAGGGGGAGGGGGCGUUCGCUCUGCCGGGACUCCUCACGCCCCCUUGUUGCUUUAAGUGUGGUUUGGUGCGGACGCGGGGUCCCGGCAGCCAGCUGGAGCCUAUUCCAUUGUGAAAGGGAAAAGCAGCUCCCGCGGAAAGCGGUUCAAGUUGCAGGGAGGGUACGAGACGUGGAUUGUCCCCAUGCCAGACAAGUGGUGCGGCCCUGAGCUGGUCCCGGAGCCUGCCCGACGUGUCUGAGAAAGGCCUCGGAGGGGCGGGAAGGUGACUGUCGGAACGCAGUUUUUGUGAAGACGGGAAGAUUCGACUCGGAGAAGAGGAAGAGCCGGAUUGAAAGGGAGUGAGGCCACUGAGGGGGAGGGGGCUGCCAAGAUGGCGUCGGCCUCUGGGCCGUCGGCGGCCGGGUUUUCAUCCGUGGAUCCCGGGGGUCCUUCCUGCACCUCGUCCUCAGGUUUCAACUGUCUGUGCUGUGGGGUCAGGAGUAAGAGAGCUUCUGGAAACAAGAGAGCCAUGGCAUCUGAGGUGCCUUAUGCCCCUGGCAUGUCCAUCAAGAAAAUAGGCCACAGAGGUGUUGAUUCCUCAGGAGAGACGACAUAUAAAAAGACAACCUCAUCAGCCUUGAAAGGUGCCAUUCAGUUAGGCAUUACUCACACUGUAGGGAGUCUGAGUACCAAACCAGAGCGGGAUGUCCUCAUGCAAGACUUUUACGUGGUGGAGAGUAUCUUCUUCCCCAGUGAAGGGAGCAACCUGACCCCUGCUCAUCACUACAAUGACUUUCGGUUCAAAACCUACGCACCUGUUGCUUUCCGCUACUUUCGAGAAUUAUUUGGUAUCCGGCCUGAUGAUUACUUGUAUUCCCUCUGCAGUGAGCCGCUGAUUGAACUCUGCAAUUCUGGGGCUAGUGGUUCCCUCUUCUACGUGUCCAGUGAUGACGAAUUCAUCAUUAAAACAGUCCAGCAUAAAGAGGCGGAGUUUCUACAGAAGCUGCUUCCAGGAUACUACAUGAACCUCAACCAGAACCCUCGGACUUUGCUGCCUAAAUUCUAUGGACUGUACUGUGUGCAGGCAGGUGGUAAGAAUAUUCGAAUUGUGGUAAUGAAUAACCUCUUACCACGGUCAGUCAAGAUGCAUAUCAAAUAUGACCUCAAGGGCUCAACCUACAAACGACGGGCUUCCCAAAAAGAGCGAGAGAAGCCUCUCCCCACUCUUAAAGACCUGGACUUCCUACAAGACAUCCCUGAUGGUCUCUUUUUGGAUGCUGAUAUGUACAAUGCUCUCUGUAAGACCCUGCAGCGUGACUGUUUGGUGCUGCAGAGUUUCAAGAUAAUGGACUAUAGCCUCCUGAUGUCAAUCCAUAACAUAGAUCACGCACAACGAGAACCCUCAGCCCAUGAAACACUAUACUCAGUUGAUACACGCAAACCAGCUCCCCAAAAGGCUCUCUAUUCCACAGCCAUGGAAUCUAUCCAGGGCGAGGCUCGGCGAGGCGGCACCAUGGAGACUGAAGACCAUCUGGGUGGCAUCCCUGCCCGGAAUAGUAAAGGGGAAAGGCUGCUGCUUUAUAUCGGGAUCAUUGACAUUCUGCAAUCGUACAGGUUUGUUAAGAAGUUGGAGCACUCUUGGAAAGCAUUGGUACAUGAUGGGGGUCUCAGCCUAGGGAAAGUGGCCCUUGGACUAGAGGUUCUUUUUCUGGACCUCCUCCAUCUCUUAACUCUGCAGCCAUCUCUUCUGCUCUGCAGGACACCGUAUCGGUGCAUCGCCCAGGCUUCUACGCUGAACGGUUCCAGCGCUUCAUGUGCAACACAGUGUUCAAGAAGAUCCCCUGUAAGUGGCCUCUACCAGAUGAACCCCCAGUGGCUCCCUUCAAGAGAUGAGGGGCAGGACACCUCUGUCAGGGAACUGCCAAAGCCAGAGGCUUCUCCUGCUCUACCCACAUUCCAUGAUAGCUGCUGCCUGUCUUUAUGUCAGUCACUCUGUCUGUUCCAGUCGUUUCCAAGUUGCUCGCUGCUUUCCCCCUGGCUCUCCCUACAUGUGUCAUUGAGUUCAACCCUCUUGGAAAAGCUUGAAAUUGAAGAGUCAGAGUUCACCCAAUGAGCAGAAAACCUCAGAAGACCUGGAACCAGAUUCUGUCUCUAUGAUGUCAAGAUGUCAGCCAUUGCCCCAGUAAUGCUGAGUUUUCUUCUUGGUCAUCAAAAAAGGAGUAUAAUGGAGGCUAGGGUAGCUCUCCAACUCCUUUCUGAAGAACUUCUUCUCCUUCCCCUUCCUCAUGUAUGGGCAUAUUGCCUUGGACAAUUGAGGAACCAGCUUCCUCUCCACUCCCGAGUUGGGUGGCACGAGUUUUUAGCUGGCCAACUUGGGCUUCUACAAUUGAAUUGUUUUCAAACACCCAUUCUUCCUGCUGCAAGUAGGGCUGCUGGACUUGGCGGUUUCUUCCCUCUCAUCUACCUUUCACCAGGAGCUGGACUCUCAAUUUCCUCAGGACAGACUGGCUGCCACAUUAUCCCUACCAUAGCUCUUUCUCUAUGGAAGGGGAGACCCCUGUAAGCUUUGUAAAAGUUUUGGGGGAGUGAAGAUGUUUAACCACCUUCCAACCUUCUUUUUUUCCUUAAAAAGGAAAAGAAAAAAAUAAUGCACAGCACACAAUUUUAAGCCAGACAGUUCAGAUCAAAACUCCAGAAGUGUUGGAGAGAUGCCUAUUCAUAGGGUUCCUUCUGGAGAGCCUUGGUGUUUGAGAAACGGAAGAGGUGAUCGCUCUGCCUGGAGCAGCUCCUCUUUAACUCCUCCUCUCUUGAUGAAUUUCUUAAGGCUAAAGGAAUGGAGAGAGUGGGACCUGGGGUAAUCUUUACCCCUUUUGUUAAAACAGUGGGACAGUCAUGGCUAGGCGAUCAGGGCUCUUCUUAGGCAUGAUCCUACUCACUGCCGGGCCAUAAUGAUUAUUACUGUUUUGUAAUUUGAAAUGUAUUCUGAUUGUUUUUUCUAAAUAUGAAGACAUCAAAUGAAUUUUAGAUCCUUCUCCAAAGGAGAUUUCUUCCUUAUUCUUCCCACCUUUUCUAACAGUGUUAUGCUGUUUGUGGGGCUGAGGUGGAGAGAGGGUCACCUGUGUCUGUUUAACAGGCAGCCCAUAUCUAUGAAGCUAGAGAAUAUCUCUUAAACUCAUGGGAGCCAGCAGAUUUUGCCUCGGUGAGGCCACUGCUGUGCCGCAUGGCCUGCCCCUCUCUUCAUGCAGAGAAGUUGGGAAUGGGGGCUGUAUAAUCCCUCUCCUCCCCAUCUCAGAGUUGCAGUUCUCCAUCUGGUCCUCCUCCUCCUGUGAGGAGAAGGGGCCUGGCAUCUCAGGCAGAUUGUUGAAUUCCCAGACUAUCCUCUUCAUCCCACCCCACGUUGAUGGUAGGUUAGCCCACACCCCGAGUAACUGUCUAUAUUAGACACCCUCAGCCAGACUCUGGCUGCCUGUCUUUGCUGCCAUGUUCUUUUUUACAAGAAGGAAAGAAAGAAUUCUUGCUAGUUUUUUUUCAUAAUUUACUAUUUAUGAUGUAUUUAAGUGUUUUAUUCAGGACAAAGUUCUGAAGGGGGUGGGAGGGAGUAUUCAAGGGAGGCUGGGUCUUAGGGAAGGGAAUGGGGAAUGAACAUUUUUAUGAAGUGUCACUAUUUGCCUCUACUUUGUAUUGUUCAGAAAUGGCAAAUGCAAUAUAAGUGAUAACUAUCUGGUUUUAAUGUAUUAAACUUUCAUCAGUUAUUUAGA